CGUGUCAUGUGUGUGUGUGAGAGAGAGGGAGAGAGAUAGGUUGAAAGAGAUUUUCAUUCUUUCUCACUAGCUUUUUUGACCUUUUAUGGCUAAAAAAGGAAAAAGUGCAGACGGGGAAAAUAAUGCCAACUAAAUUUCAUUUCGGGGUGAGAAAUGAAAUUUCUAGAUUAUAAAGGGGUGGAGUGAAAUUAUUCCCACCUCGAAGGUGCAAGGAGCAAUUCAAAGAAUGCAGAGGAAUUUUUUAAGAUCUCCAAAAACCCAACCACAAAAGAGAAAGCCCCCAUUGAAAGUUGGUUAUGUAAACCACUACUAAUUUCUUGUAUGCCUCUUUCUCUCACUAGCUUUCUCUCUCUUGAUCUAUCCCUUUUCCACAUUAUUAUUAUUGUAAACAAGAAGGGAAAAGGCACAAAGUUUUGCCCUUUUUUCUUCAAGGGGGAAAUCUUGGGCAUCGACUUCUAUAUCGAAAGGGCUCUGAUUCUAGAUUGGUGGUUUUCUGCAUUUUGUGAUGUGGGAUUGGGAUUAGGGAGGAUAAUGCAUUAGUUCUGCAGUUGGAGUUUGCUGAAAUUUUUGUAUCACUAUAUUUUUUCUCAAGAAGUUAGUGAUUGGAGAAAGAAUUUGUCAGAAAUUGGUAAUAUCAUGUGAGCUAUGGUGACCCCUACAUGGAAGAAGCUCGUGCCCCCAUGUUGGAGGCCGUUCGUGGAGGACGAAGGAGAGAACAGUAGCAACGGAGGAGGUGACUCUAGCGGCCAUGCUGACAGUUUGUGGUGGCACAAGGAUUACGGGCACCAUCAUAACGGGGAAUUCUCUAUGGCAGUUAUUCAAGCCAAUGUUAUUCUAGAAGAUCAAAGCCAGCUUGAGUCGGGGCCACUGAGCUCGAAUGAGUCAGGCCCUUAUGGUACAUUCGUUGGAGUUUAUGACGGGCAUGGUGGUCCAGAAACUGCACGGUUUAUAAGAGAUCGUCUGUUUGAAAAUUUAAGAAAAUUCACAUCAGAAAAUCGAGAGAUGUCAGCUGAUGUUAUAAAAAAUGCAUUUCUGGCAACAGAGGAAGAAUUUCUUUCUUUGGUUAGGAAGCAAUGGGACAUUACACCAAAACUGGCAUCUGUGGGGUCAUGUUGUUUGGUGGGCGUUAUAUGCGGUGGACAGUUAUACAUAGCAAAUGCCGGAGAUUCUAGGGUGGUCUUGGGACGAUUGUCUAAGGCUGAACGAGAAGUCAAAGCUAUUCAAUUAUCAACUGAACAUAAUGCAAAUUUGGCAUCUGUUCGGGAUGAAUUACAUACGUUGCAUCCAGAUGAUCCUGGGAUUGUUGUUUUGAAGCAUAACGUUUGGCGUGUCAAGGGUAUCAUUCAGGUUUCAAGAUCAAUCGGUGAUGCUUACUUGAAGAAAUCGGAGUUCAAUAAACCGCCUUUGCUGCCAAAAUUCAGGCUGCCGGAACCAUUUGAGAAACCUUUUCUUUUGGCUGAACCGUCAAUACUCGUUCAGGAACUUCACCCUCAGGAUGAAUUUCUUAUAUUUGCUUCUGAUGGGCUAUGGGAGCACCUUAGCAAUCAAGAAGCAGUUGACAUUGUCAACUCCUCCCCACGAAAUGGAAUCGCAAGAAAACUAGUCAAAGCUGCGUUGCAAGAAGCAGCGAAGAAAAGGGAAAUGAGAUAUUCGGACUUGAAGAGAAUCGACCGUGGAGUGAGGAGACAUUUCCACGACGACAUCACGGUUAUAGUUCUCUUUCUAGAUUCCAAUUUGAUCAGCAGUAGCAGCAGUUCCCUUAGAGGGCCAGUUCUUUCAAUAAAAGCUAAUGGAAUUGCUGGUCAAGACACGGAUACCUAGAACGGCUUGGCUUCUGACGAAACCACGAAGACGCGAAACUCGAGCUCGAGCUCGACUAACUUUGAUUGAGCAGAAAAGGAGAAGAUUUGCAAGAGUGUGUAAGAUGGCAAAUUUGCUUCUCUCCUCAAACUCAAACUUGAUAUAAAUGUUAAUGAUUAUGCCAGGAAGAUGCAUAGGGAAGAAGAUGAUCAUCCCUUUCAAGAUUUUUAGCUGACUGGCAUAUGAAACAGAGGAAUUCUGAUAUAAUUCUUUUUGUAAUAAUUAAGUUUUAUCAUCAUACAGAUUUUCUGCUUCUUUGCAUCAUCUUCCAAUUAACAUGUAAAAAUCUCAAUUUUGGUUGAAAGCAAAGGACUCCUUCACAUAUUCGGUGAAAGUCAAGUCUUUUGAGUGGGAUGAUAUUGUACAACAUUUCGAUUGUAUUGGAUGGUUGUUAUGUGUCAAGGAAAUUUGUAAAUUUAUCAAAUUUUGUUAAUGGAAAUUCUUGGGUGUUUUCUAUA